AUUGCCACCACCCUUGAAAUACAAAAAACCCUAAGCCAAAAUUAUCUCAUUCCGUGAAGUUCCGAUGUUUCAAGUUUCAAGUUCCAAGCACAAAGCAAAGCAUCCAUUUUUAAGAUUCUCCUUCUCCCUUCCCUUUCCCUUAUCCUGUUUCUUUCUUAGUUUAUGCACGUUGUAGUGUGUAUGCAUUUUUAGGUUAGAAUUUUUCCGAUCAAAAAAAGGCUGAGUUGGCUGAAUUCUUAACUAAUACGUAGAAAAUGUCAUCAGAAAAGGAAGCUAACCUUGAAAAACCUGGACAAGAAUCUGCUCCAGUCCACCACAUCAGAAUAACCCUAACUUCGCGCAUUGUUCGCUCCCUAGAAAAGGUAUGUUCAGACCUUAUCAAUGCAGCGAAAAAUAAAAAGUUGAAAGUAAAGGGGCCAGUACGUAUGCCGACGAAAAUUCUACGCAUUACCACAAGAAAAACACCUUGUGGUGAAGGUUCCAAGACCUGGGACAGGUUCCAGAUGAGAAUUCACAAGAGGGUCAUUGAUUUGCAUUCGCCUUCAGAAAUCGUUAAGCAGAUUACUUCUAUCAAUAUUGAGCCUGGUGUAGAAGUUGAAGUUACAAUUGCUGAUGCCUAAAAGAAUGUGAAUUGUGAAUGUUCCAUCUACACAAAAAUUAAAAUAUUUUGUUAAUUUGAUGCACAUUUGUUUUUUUGUAGUUACAGUGCAGACUCGAUAAUCCGAACUAAUAAAAACCAAGGCGAUUCGGAUCACCAAAAAAAUUCGGAU